AUGCAAACGGAGACAGUUGCCCUUGAGGGCCCCGAGAAGGCCUGGGCCCUGCAGCUGCAGCAGCAGCUGCAGCAGCAACCACUGCAGCAGCAGCUGCAGCAGCAGCUGCAGCAGGCUGCCUCGGAGGAAGCUGACAGCAACUCUUCUUCUCCUCCUCCGCCAACUUGGGAUCUAUGGAAGCUAGCAGCACCAGUGCCUCCAUCUCUGCACGAUGGUACAGAGGAGGAUUCAGCAGAGACAGCAGCAGCAGCUGCUGCUGUUGCUGCAGCAGCAGCAGCUGCAGCAGGAGGAGGAGGAGGAGCAGCAGCAGCAGCAGCAGAUCCUUUAGUAAGCAAUGAGAGUAUAGUGAGUACAGAUCCAUCAGUAACUGUAGAUGUGGGGUCAACAGGAUCGGGAUCGGGAUCGGGAUCGGGAUCGGAUCCCAUUGUCUCCUCCAGGGAGGCAUCAGCUAUGACGGAUAGUGUAUCUACUCGUUGCCCAACAGAUGACGUAUUAGCGGAUCCAUUAGGAUUUGUUCUAUUAGGAGGUGCAGCAGCAGCAGCAGCAGCAGCAGCUGCAGCAGCAGCAGCAGGAGGAGGGGGAGAUAAGAAAAAGGAACUUAAUAAUACACGGUGUCCAUCAGCAACUAAUGCAAAUACAGCAACAGCAGCAGCAGCAGGUUCAGCUGCUGCAGCAGGAACUGAAGCAGCAGCAGAUCCAGCAGCAGCAGCAGCAGCAGCAGCAGCAGCAGCAACAGGAAGAGGAGAGAAGAAUCGUAAUAAAUGUCCUAAGGUGACUUGGACAGAUGGUGAGACAGCGGGAUCAGCAGCAGCAGCAGGAACGGGAUCAACAGGAGGAGGAGCAGCAGCAGCAGCAGCAACAGCAGCAGGAGGAGGAGCAGCAACAGGAGAGGAAGCAAUAGAGGAAGACUGCUCCCCUUCCCUUAAGUCCCUGCAGCGGCUGACCAGUGGUCUCGAGCAGCUGCUGCGGGGGGUGCAGCAAGUGCAGCAGCAAAUACAAGAAGCACAAAGAAAUAUAGUAUGGGUAUUGGGUGGAUCUGCAGAUGCGUUGCUGCUGCAGCAGCAGCAGCAGCAGCAACAGCAGCAGCAGCAACAGACACCUACAUUAGCCUUACCAGCUCCUCCUACUACUGCAGCAGCAGCAGGAACAACGACUCCCCCGCUGUCGGAGUCAUCUUCGCUGCUGCUGCCUGCAGCAGCAGCAGCAGCAGCAGCAGCAGAUAGUAAUUGUUUAUUAGGGACAGAAGAAGAUAUUGGUGUGUCUCCUUCCUUACUUUCUUUCCUUGAGCUGCUGUCUAGACAAACAACAACAGCAGCAGCACCAGCAGCAGCAGCACCAGCAGCAGCAGCAACAGGGGGAGCAGCAGCAACAGCAGCACAAACAGCAAAAGCAUUAAGACGUCUUUCUUCUUGGGGUAUUGAGGACACUGCAUGCAGCAGCAGCAGCACACAUACAGACACCGCAGCUCUAGCAGCAGCAGCAGCAGCAGCAGCAGCAGCACCAAGUGCAGCAGCUGAUUGGCGUACAUCGUUACCAUUGUUAUCGCAUGCACAAGAUCAUCAUCAGCAGCAGCAACAGCAGCAGCAGCAGCAGCAGCAAGUAUUAGGCUGCGAAGCAGAUUGUUACUCCUUAUUACCUGUUGCUGCAGAGGAAUCUCCUAUCCUUCCCCGUAAACGUUCAAAACUAUCAGCAGCAGCAGCAGGAAGCAGCAGCAGCAGCAGCAGCAGCAGCAACAACAGCAGCACGAACGGUAGCGGAUCCGGAUGUUGUGGUUAUAACCCAUCAUCUUGUUCGUCAUCAUCAUCUGCAUCUGUUGCUGCAGCUGCUGCAGCAGCAGCAGCAGCAGCAGCAGCAGCACCAAUGCCUGGUGUAAGAUUUGCUAAGGAUCGUAAUAGUUGGGUAGCCUUCUGGUGCGAGAACGGUAAACAAAAUUAUAAAUCUUUUAGUAAUAAAAAGUUUGGUGCAGAGGCAGCAAGAUUGAUGGCAAUAGCAGCAAGACAAUCCUUUGACGAGAGGGCUAAUAAUAAUCAUAAUAAUAAUAGCAGCAGCAGCAGCAGCAGCAGCAGCAACAGCAGCAGCAGCAGCAGCAGCGGCGGCGGCGGCAGCGGCAACAAUCAUAAUGGGGGAAGUAAUAAUGGUAAAGGACAUCAUCAUCAUCAUGGACAUCAUCAUGGACAUCAUCAUGCUGCUGCUGCUGCUGCUGCAGCAGCAGCAGCAGCAAAUAAUAAUGCUGCAUUAGGUAGAGGUGAUGCAUUAAGUGCUGCAGCAGCAAGUGCUGCAGCAGCAGCAGCAGCAGCAGGAUCAUCCCAAGAUAAUGUUUUAUCAAGAAGUUAUCUUAGUACAAGAUUACAUCAUCAAUCCUCAUCAUCAUCAUCAGCAGCAGCAGCAGCAGCAGCAGCAGCAGCAGGAGCAGGAGCAGGAUCAUCAUCAUCUCCGUUAUCAUUAGGCUGUUACCCCCCUUAUGAGGGUUCAUCUUGUAGCAUACAAUAUGAGGAAUGUGAUGGUACGAAUAGUAUGGGUGCUGCUGCUGCUGCAGCAGCAGCAAGUCUAUCAAGAGUAGAGAUGCAACAAUUGGCAGCAGCACUAAAAAAUCCUAAGGGAGUCUGCUACGCACCAAGCAACAAUACAUGGAUGGCCUACGGCAGUCUCGGCACGGGCGCUCGAAUGUGUCGCUCAUUUCCGGUUUCGAAAUUUGGAUUCUAUGGGGCAAGAAGGUUGGCUAUAAAGGCUGUAAGCCAAUAUCAACAAAAACAGCAACAACAGCAGCAGCAGCAGCAGCAACAGCAGCAGCAGCAACAACAACAAGCUAUUGCUAUUGCCGGCACAGAGACCAUUCAUUUAAGGGGUCAUAGUCCUGCUCCAUCUAAUCCAUUUGUUCCUAUAAGACAGGUCUUUAAUAGUAGCACCAAUAGUAAUAGCAGCAGCAGCAGCAGCAGCAGCAACAGCAGCAGCAGCAGCAGCAGCAGCAGCAGCAGCAGCAGCAAUGGAUUUGGGAUACAUGGAGGCUCAUCACUAAAAAGAAGAAGACCAACAAAUAAAGAUAUUAGAUUCACAACGCAUGCAGAUAGCAGCAAAACUAAAAUUGAAGCAGCAGCAGCAGCAACAGCAACAGCAACUGCAGCAGCAGCAACAGAUGUUGAUACUAAACAUAAUUUGCUGCUUGCAUCACCUAUUCCUCCUGUUGCUGCUGCUCCUCCUCCUCCUCCUGCUGCUGCUGCUGUUCCUGCUGCUGAUAAGGAUGAUGUAUUUACUGCUGCUAAUGAUGCUACUACCAGUACUACUGCAGCAGAUGCUGCUGCUGAUGCAGCAGCAGCAGCAGCAGCAGUAGCAGCAGCAAAGGAGGUUGAGGAUUCUUUUAGUAGCAGCAGCAGCAAACCCUGCAGCAAGGAAACAGAGGAAACAAUGGAGAUAUGCACAGACACCAACAGCAGCAACAGCAGCAGCAGCAGCAACAAUAACAACAACAGCAGCAGCAGCAGCAAAGAACAUGACUUGCUGCUGUCUCUUGUCCCUUCUGCUUCCUUAAUAAAAUCCAACAGCGAGGAGACAGAAGAAGCAAUUAGCUGCAGCAGCAACAGCAGCAGCAGCAGCAGCAGCAGCAGCAGCAGCAGCAGCUAG